AUGGAACACAUACUGCGUUUGUGCACACGUGCAAGGGAGGUUUGGAACCUCACUAAAGUGAACAUCCAACCUACUAUACCUUUCAAAAUCUGGCUAAAGGAUAACUUAUCAGUUAACUCCCUAAAAAUUCAUACUCCUUGUAAUGCAAUUUUUAUAUUCACAGCGUGGAAUAUUUGGCUAAGACGCAAUGCUUGGGUUUUUUCUAAAACAAACGUGACAUCUGAUGUUCUCAUUAAAAAAUCAAAUUGGGCCGCCACUGAAUGGUUCUUUACUCAGAACCAACCUAAGGUGGGAAAAGCUCCCAAACCCGGAACCGCUACUUGGAAACCACCACCCUUAAACCAAUAUAAAAUAAACACAGAUGCCUCGUUCUAUGCCAACACAAAACAAGCCAACUUAAGUGGAGUUUGUCGUGACCAUGCUGCCGAUUGGGUUGAGGGAUUUAUAAUGUCAACUUCUUCAAGUAAUGCCUUGGAAGCGGAAAUUCAUGCAAUUCAAAUAGCUCUAAAUUGGAUUAAGAUGAAGAACUGGAAGGAGACUAUUUUGUCUUCUGAUUGCCUACGUGCAGUACUAAUCAUUUUGCAGGAGAAAGUGCUAAAUGAUAUUUCCUCAGAUAUGAUUGCAUCUUGCAGGGAGUUGCUCCAAGAACUCAGAGGCGUCAAGCUGGUUUUUGAAGGAAGAGGCUCAAACAAACUCGCAGAUAGCGUGGCUAAACAAGCUAAAGGAUUAUCGGAUGGUUUUAAUAUUUAUGUACUUUAA